AGGAAUUGGAAUCUCCCCUUGUCUUCAUCAUUUCUUUUCCUUGUUCGGGAUCGCCGGCAAGAACCUGAUCGGAGAAUCAAAAUUCAAGGUUUAGAUAUAUGUUCGACGUAAUUCGAGAUUUCCUUUUGUGGGUUCGAUUGAAUUUCCAAUAGAUGGACUAAUUGCAGUUAAUUUCUUGAGUUUUUGCCGGGGAACUAAGUUACUUCUACCGAUGUCAUUGUCCCCGUCGCGCCAAUUAAUCCUCCGGCGCCAAUUAAUGACCGUGGACAGAUCGCGGCCGCUGCUGUACACCCGCUCUAUCGCCAGCAGCAGCAGCAGACACGGCGUCACUCGCACGAGCAAGUCUGCGAGGUUAGCAGAGGUGUGCAGGGAAACGGCUGCGGAAUGCACGGCGAUCUACUGCUGCUGGCCUGCGGGUGCUUCCUGAGGAAGAUAAGGUCAGAAAAAUUCUUCGCUCCUUGCCAAAAUCCUGGAGUUUAAUCAAGAUGACAAUAGAAGAAGCUCAUGAUUUAAGUGCCGUGACUAUUGAGAUGCUGCUAGGGAAGCUUCUUACACAUGAAAUGGCCAUGAAAAAUUAUGAAAGUGAUGAUGAUUCUCAGAAGAAGAAAUUUGUAGCUUUCAAAAGCUCCUCCAAAGAUGAAAGUGACAAUGAUGAGGAGGAUGAUGAAGAAUUUAUAGUGCUUGCUCGAAAGUUUAAGAGUUUCCUAAGGAAAGACAAGAUAAAGAAUCAAGGACAAUAAAAGAAAAACUGAAAAAGCAGUAAAGGAAAGGGAGAAAGCAAUAAAAAGGAUGAGAUUAUUUGUUAUAAAUGCAAGAAGGCUGGACAUAUUAAAUCUGAGUGUCCAAACAAUGAUGAAAAGAGUCUAAAAGCCAAAAAGAAAAAAAAGGCAAUGGUUGCCACGUAGACCUGCAGUGAGGACUCAUCUUCUAGUAAAGAAGUAAGUGACAU